GCCAAGCGAACCCCCUGGUUGGCAGAAUCGCCAGGAACUUCACCGCCUUCAAACAAUUUCCAGGACAGCAUGAACAUUCUAGAGGAGCUUGCAGGAUAACGAUCGAGUAUGUCUGGAGCCCCUUGGAUCUGUCAUCGAUGUAUAAACACAUGCCUGAAGCCUGGUAGACGGAGACUGCUACGAUUCUCCAGCGCCAGUCAGUACACAUCUCUCAUCAAUAUUCCAGCAUUGGCUAACAGCAAGUACAGAAAGCCAUGCCUCCUUUUCCCCAGCGUUGCUCGCGCGAGCGCGCAAUAUGGCCAGUGAGCACGAGCGAUUGAGUACGGAAAGCCCAGAGACAUUUGAUGCGAAGAUCGCGAAAAGGGUUGGCGAAUUGAAAGGUGUGGCGGAGGCUCUAAAAGAAUGGGAGAGCGCUCGCAGUACGCAGGAUGAGCUACAGAAGCUUCUCAAUGAUCCCACGACGGAAGCAGAACUUCGCGAAUUCGCAAUAGAAGACUUGGCUGUGACGGGUGAGGAAUUGGAUGGCCUGUCACGAAGACUGUCGACUGCUCUUACGCCGAAACACCCUUUCGAGGACAUGCCAUGUUUGAUUGAGAUACGGCCGGGUGUUGGAGGUGGUGAAGCAGCUUUGUUUGCGGGCGAUUUGCUGCGGAUGUAUAAAGCAUACUGCUCGCGGAAGGGUAUGCGGUCAUCGUUGUUAAAAUACGAAACUGCGGAUGGAGACUCAGAUGCCAGCGGCGAAUCUCCUCUUGCGGAAGCUAUUCUCGAAAUUGACAGCCCUGGCGCAUAUGGAAAGCUACGUAGUGAGGCUGGUGUGCAUCGAGUGCAGCGUGUGCCGGCUACAGAGAGUAAGGGGAGGACACACACAAGUGCUGUUGGUGUCCUUGUCUUACCUAGUCUGCCUACGACAGGUAGUGAGGGUCAAGAGAUGUGGGAGGCGGAUUUGAAUGAUCCGAAUAGUGACUAUUAUGUCAAUUCCACGGAUGUCAGGACGGAUGUUAUGAGAGCGAGAGGUGCAGGUGGCCAGCAUGUCAACACGACAGAUUCUGCUAUCCGCUUGACGCAUAUACCAACGAACACCGUGGUUAGUAUGCAGGAUUCUAGGUCACAGCAUAAAAAUCGAGAGAGAGCAUGGCAGUUGCUUAGAUCAAAGCUUGCUCAAGCCAGGCGAGAGGCAAGAGAAGAAGAAGUAAUCAAGCUGCGAAGAGGUGUCAUUGGCGUUGCAAAGAUGGGCAGAGGAGACAAAGUCCGGACAUAUAAUUGGGGACAGCAGAGAGUUACAGAUCAUCGGAGUGGACUUAGUGUUCAUAAUCUCGACGAUGUGAUGGAGGGAGGAGACGAACUGGAUAAGAUCAUAGACAGUGUCAAGACCUGGUUUGGAGAUCGUGAAAUCGAAGGCAUGCUAGCAGAGGAUGAGGCAGCCAGCAUUACAAAGUAAUCUAAACUUUGCUUGUAAUUUUAUCUUCACAACUGACCUGUCACUAAGUCGCUUGGUGUGCUGAAUGGUGGAUGUGCGUAUUUUGCUGUACACGUGCUCCAGGGAAAGCCGGUUCAGGCUGUUGUGGAUAAAUGAAGGCAUCCAUGCCCUCACAAAUGGAGACGCAUUUAAAAGAUGCCGAGCCGGAUUAGCUUUACGCCAAUACCAUACUAGAGGCAGGU